AUGAGAAAAAUAUUUUCAAGAAUAUCUUCGACAAAUACACAAAGAUACUGGUUUUGCGAAGAUAAAUUUGAAAAAGUAUAUCCUCUUUCCGAAUACGAAAAUAAUACCGAAAAUAUUCAAAUAAAAAACGAACAAUCAUUAUCUGAGACAACAACAGAGGGAGGAACAUUCGAACAAGAUCAGGAAGUAAUCGAAGGAAGCCAAGAGAUAGAUAAUUUCGAACAACAAUUAACGGCGCUCUUAGAAGAAACAAAAGCCGAAAUCACCCCACAAGAUACUGAAGAAAGUGAUAGGUCCAACCAAAACAACACUUUAUUCAGAAGUCUAUCCAAAUAUCAAGAAAUUAAUAAUAAAAUAAAUCAAAAUGACGAAUUAAUCCGUGAGUUACAACAAAUAGGGAUAACAAUGAGUAACAGAGAUCCAGAUCUCACAAAAGAUGUACCAUGGCGAAGAAGGAAACAAGGAUCAAGUAGGAACGGAAGUUAUAAUGAUAUAGCCAUACAGGACGAAUGGGGAAAUCUCAUAACCAACACUGAUAACGAAGAAGAUGAUAACGGUGCGGGA